AUGCGCCCCUGUACCGCCUCCUCAUGCUGCUGCCAGGCCCGUAAUCUGCCAUGGGCCCCCGUACCGACUCCUCAUGCUGCUGCCAGGCCUGUAAUCUGUCAUGGGCCCCUGUACCCCGCCUCCUCCUCAUGCUGCUUGCCAGGUCCAGAGUGUGUCAUGGGUCCCUGUACGGCCUCCCAUUGCUGCUGUCUCUAUCGCCACACUCUGCCAUGUGCCACUUUCAGGUCUCCUCACAACUGCUGGUGGUUUCCAUUUUUUGUCAUAGGGUGCUGUAUGGCCUCCCAUUGCUGCUGCCUCCACCGCCACACUGUGGCUCCACACUCUGGUUUUGGCCCCGUGACUGCCCAAAUGAGUGAAGUGUGCGGUGAUUCUAAGAUCGACGGCACUCAUCUGCAUGUCAUACUGACUGACAGUAUUAUUUUCUCUUCCCCAGCAGACUCCAAGGGGCAUUUAAAUUAAAGGUACAGUGUUCUGCACUAAUAUUA